UCUCACUCACUGGUUCUACUCAUACAUCAUCUUCUUCGUCUUCUUCUCAAAUUUAAACAUUUUUGUUAAUUUAUCAUAAAAUAUUUAUUCAUGGCACUUGAGACUCUGCUUCUCAAGGUGAAGACAGCAAUCUCCCACCGCUUCGACGCCGUGCGAACCUUCACCCACCACCCGCACCACCCACUCAAACCGGUAAGAAAAUCAAACGUCGGCGUCUUGGCCUUCGAGAUUGCCGGCCUCAUGUCGAAGCUCAUCCACCUUUGGCAGGCCCUGUCCGACAAGAACAUGAUCCGCCUCCACAACGAGUCCAUCUCCCUCGAUGGCGUCCGAAAAAUAGUCUCAAACGAUGACGAUUUCCUCCUUGCCCUCGCCUGCGCCGAGCUCGUUGAGAAUCUCCGCCUUCUCGCCAACUCAAUCUCCCGACUCAGCACCAAAUGCGAGGACUCCCACCUCCGCUCCUUCGACCGCGUCUUCCUCGAGUUCGCCAACUCCGGCCGCGAUCCGUACAAUUGGGUGCUCGGAUUUAAAGAAAUGGAUGCUAACACUGUCAAGAAGUUGGAGAGGUAUGUCACGAUCACGUCCACCCUCCACAGAGAGAUGGACGAGCUUGGUGCGCUCGAGAGCGCGUUGGGAAAAGCCUGGAAGUGCAACGAGUACGAGAUUAAUAAUCAUUCCGCGCCGAUGACAAGUAGUACUAAAGAGCAAAAAAUUGUCGAUCUUCAGCAGAAGAUCGUGUGGCAGAGAAAUGAGGUGAAGUAUUUGAAGGGCAGAUCGUUGUGGAGCCGAAGCUUCGACACGGUCACUUGGGUUAUAGCGAGGUCGAUUUUCACUGUUCUUGCGAGGACAAAGCUCGUUUUUGGUAUCGGACAAUGCCCUCCGUUGUCUUUGCCUCGGAGCCUCUCGGCCUCAGCUACUGUCCAUCCGUCCAACCAAUCGACAUGUCAUUUCGUAUCAGGGCCCUUGAGAUCCCCGAAGCUUGAUCAGCAAGAUAACAAAAAUUCUGUGUGCAAGUCGUACCUUACAAGUAUCACAAAGAUUGACCAUCAAGAUAAAAAAAAAUCUCUGUCCAGAACGUUCGCUGAUAUGAAAGACAGUUCGGAGGAUAUUGGGUUUUUUGAGUCCAACUCGAAGCUCCUCAAGCCACCUGCGAGCACAUUAGGCGCGGCGGCCUUGUCGCUUCAUUACGCUAACUUGAUCAUAGUGAUGGAGAAGAUGAUAAAAUUCCCACAAAUGGUUGGCGUCGACGCGAGGGACGAUCUCUACUCGAUGUUGCCGAGCAGCGUAAGGUCUUUGCUACGCGCCCGGUUGAGAGGGGUAGGGUUUUCCGCCAGCGAUCCGGUACUAGCCGGCGAGUGGAGGGAAGCGUUGGGGAAGAUCCUAGAGUGGUUGGCGCCGUUGGCGCACAAUAUGAUGAAAUGGCAAAGUGAGAGGAGCUUUGAGCAACAAAACAUUGUGCCAAAAACAAAUGUUAUGCUUUUGCAAACUUUGUUUUUUGCAAACAAGGACAAGACGGAGGCUGCCAUAACUGAGCUGCUUGUGGGGUUGAAUUAUAUUUGCAGGUUUGAGAGGGAGAUGACGGCUAAGGCCUUGUUUGAAUGCAAUAACUCCAUUAAUGGGUUGCUCAAUUUGCAGAGUUCUAGCUAGCUAGUGAAGGAAAAAGAAUCAAACCGUUUUCUUUUUCUUUUUUUUGGGGUUAUUUUAGUUCGUAUUUUGGAUUUCAAUUUUGAUUUCUGAAAUUUUACCAUCGUGUUUUGAAUUGAGCUGCGUUGAUAAGAUCUUCAGGGUUCGUUUUUGUAUCGAAUUCUCGUUUGUAUAUGAUGAAAUAAAUAGAUAUAAAAUGUAAAUGAUUUGUUUCUUGA